AUGUCAUCAGACGGCGGCAAUCAGGUCACAGUUUUGCGAGAUUCUAGGCUCUCGUUUGAAGCGAUCGACUCACUCCUUUCCUCGUCUCUCUUCCGCAGGGCGAAACCACGUCUGUCGCCGAUCGGUGGCCGCAAGACAUACACGGAGGACGGUCUGCAGAGCGCCCUGCAGGACAUCCUGAGCGGGCGGCUCGGGACACGGCGGGCCGCGGUGCAGUACGGCAUCCCGCGCUCGACGCUGCGCAACAAGGUCUACAAGUUGGCGCUCGGUUACAAGCGGGGCGGCGGCUCGCUGCUCGAGGACGACGACGACGGCAAGGACUCGCAGGACGACGGCGACAGUGCCGGGAGCGACCUGCUGGACAAGCUGCCGCAGGCCGUGCUGGCCGAUAUGUUUCUCAAGAUGUACGGCGGCGGCGGGCCCGGUGUCCCCGCCGGUGGCGUCCCGCGGCUCCACGAGCCCAGUCCGACCCCGCCCACGCCACCCGCGCAGCGAGGCACCCCGGAGCUCGGCGGUGAAGCGCUCGCGUCCCUAAAGCAGCCACACUCACUGCCCCCAGGAGCCACUGCCCGACCGCAGGCCGCUGUGGGACCGCCGCAGGCGGCCCCUUCGCCAUUGGCCGCUGCCGCCGACUCGACGCUCCUGGACCCGAGCCUCCUGCUGCAGGUCCAGCGGAUGCUGCAGGUGACGGCCACGGCCACGCAGACGCCAGCGUCCGGCGAAACGCAGCAGGUCCUGGCGGAACUGCCCGAUCUGCUGCGCAAGUUGAUCGAGCAGCAGCAGCAGCUCGCGGACCAGAUCAAGAAGGUGAGCGGGGCGGCCCACGGUCCCUCGCCCGGGGCCUCCCCGCCGAUCGUGGCCCCGGCGGCCGCCGUCACGUCACUUCCGCCCACCGCCCUCAGCAACUGUUCGCCGCUCGAUGGCACGCACGGUAUGGCGCAGUCCCCGUCCCUGAGUGCGGCCCUGAACGGAGCCCCCGCCACCUCGGCCCUCCACCACCCUCAUCACCACCCGCAGCCGAACGUCGUCGACCCGUGCUACCUGCCGUUCCUGCAGCAGCUGCAGCAGGGCAGCAAGCUGCGCACUCUCUCGGGCGGGACGCCUGACCCCACCGCCCGCAACGCUGCCACCCCCAACGCCACCACCACCACCAUCGGCCCCGCGUCGCUGGCGUCGUCGAUCGACCUGAACGACGGCUCGGGCGACGACCCGCAGUCCGUGAUCCUGAAGAUUCCGUCCUACGGCCGUACCGGGGCCCCGCACCCUCCUCCACCGGCCCAGGCCGCCUCCGCCGCCCCUCUACCAGGCAUCUCACCGCCUGGCGCGAAAAACGGUGACCUCGAUCGGAGCCAUCACCACCAGCUGCAGUCCCAUCACCUCCACCACCAUCACCACCACCACCACCAGCUGACCAGCCCGUCGCCACCGACGGCCGCGGCCGCCGCCGUCCUCAGUAGCCUUGUCGGCGCGGCGGCCACUCCGUCUCCGUCCGUCGGACCCCGCAACCACCUUCAGCAUCACCUGCACCCCGCCACCAGCCCGCAGGCACCGACUUCGGUGUCGACUCCCCCGUCCGGUGCCUCCGCCCCUCCCUCAUCGCUCGCCUCGUCCCUGUCCUCCUCGUUGUCCCCGCUAUCCGCCCUUUCGGUCGGCUCGGGCCAACAUCCCCAUCACCACCCGCACCAACACCACCACCCGCUGCUAGCCGGUUCCUCACCACCAACCCCGAUGAGCCUGCGGAGCACCAUCAAACCGCCGCUCGAUUCCCCGCCCGGGGCCGGAGGACCCCAACUCGGUCACACUCCCAGCAGCAGCAGCAGCACCGCCAACAAGUCGAUGCUUUCCGUGCACGAGGUCAUCGCCCGGAGCAUCAGCAAAAACUUCCAGCAACACCAGCAACAACAACAACAACAGCAGCAACAGCAACAGCAGCAUCAACAGCAACAACAACAGCAACAGCGAGGACAGCUCACCGGAGAUGACAGCUCAUAG